AUUAAUAUUUGUGCAUUGAAAAGCAAACAAUAAUAAAUGCGAAAGUUAAACAUUCAUAAUUGUUCGCGCAGAGUGUGGUACUUUCUCCUCGUGUUCUGCCUCUCAAUUUUAGUAACCAAACAUUACAGGCCUAGUGCAAGAAGACCAAGUCAACCCCACUCUCUUGAAUGGCUUCUCCAGUAAAUAUCACCGAUGAACCACUGAGUCCCUCCGGCCGGCUAUUUCUCCAACCAGAGAUGAACACCAUAAUUCACUGUGCUCUUGGCGUCAAAAACUCUAUGGACGUAGACGCUAUAAAAUCCGCAAUAAAGAACUCUAUCUUGGCGAAGCACCCAAGAUUUUGCAGUCUCCUUGUACACGACAAGAACGGAUUGGAGCAUUGGAGAAGAACAGAGGUAGACUUCGACAAACACAUCAUAUUUGUUGGCAAUCCAACGGCCACCAUUACUACUGCCAAAGAAGCUGAGAAAAUGGUGAACGAUUAUAUAGCAGAUUUGUCAGUGAGUAGCCCACUUAGCAUGGACAAGCCUUUGUGGGAGAUUCAUAUCAUGUGGGAGCCGCGGUGCGCCAUUUUCAGGUUGCAUCACGCGAUUGGUGAUGGGAUCGAACUGAUGUCAAUGUUGGUCGGAAGUUGCAGGAAGGUGGAGGAUCCAGAGGCUAUUCCCUCCUUGGAUACUGUUAACGGCAAGAAUUGGAGGGGAAGUGGAAGGAAAUGGAAGGAUUGCAGAGGGAUUUUGAUGGGGUUAUUGAAGAUGGUUUUGCUUAAUUUGGUUUUCUGUUUGGAGUUGGUGUUAAGGAGCUUGUGGGUUGGUGACCGGAAAACGGUCAUCUCCGGCGGUGAUGGGGUGGAGCUGUGGCCGAGGAAAGUUGCUACUGCCCAUUUCUUGAUGGAGGACAUGAAAGUGGUGAAAAAGGCCAUUGCUAAUGCGACCAUUAAUGAUGUACUUUUGGGGGUGAUAUCAGCUGGCUUGUCAACAUACUUGGAACAUCGAUCCCCAACUUCUUUGCAAGAGAAUCAGAGACUCACAGGAGUAGCCAUGGUUAAUCUAAGAGAGCAACUGGGAUUGCAGGAUCUGACCAAGAUGUUGGAAAGCAAUCCAAAAUCUCGCAGAGGUAACAAGUUUGGGAUUAUUCUGCUACCCAUUUAUUAUAAUAAAGGAGUUGAACCUCUGCAGCACGUGAUAAGAGCUAAGGCAACAAUUGACAGAAAGAAACAGACCUUUGAGGCUCAUCUCUCUUACAAAGUUGCAGAUUUUGCAAUCUCCUUGUUGGGAUCUAAGUUUGUUUCCUAUUUCAAUUACAGGAUUCAUUGUAAUAGUAGCUUUGUCAUCUCCAAUGUGGUUGGACCAAAAGAGGAGGCCACUAUAGCAGCCAAUCCUAUAACAUACUUAAGAGCCAACACCACAAGCUUACCCCAAGCAUUGGCAAUGCACAUGGUGAGCUAUGCAGGGAGAGCUGAUAUGCAAAUUGUGGUGGCCAAAGACAUCAUACCUGACCCUCAAUUUCUUGCUAAAUGCUUUGAGGACUCCUUGCUUGAUAUGAAGGAAGCUGCUGUUGCUACUCUCACAAGUCUAGGAGGAUCUUAAAUUUUUAUUUAAAAAAAAAAAAGAAAUAAUUUUUCUUGCAUUGUCUCUUUCGUUCGCUUUUUGCGUUCGUUUUUCUUCUUGUUCGUUAUGGCUUUUCCAUCAAACGUAUCAAACGUUACUCACUCUUCUGGCAAGACUCUUAUUUCAUUUAAUGCAUCUCAGUCUCUCUUAAAACUUACUUCCCAAAACCAUCCUACUUGGCGUGCCCAAGUUGUCACUGUUCUUCUCGGAUAUAACUUGAUAGGUUAUAUUAAUCGAACGUUACUGCCUCCUUCUCCAAUUAUUCAAAAAGAUGGAAAGGAUGUUCGCAAU